AUGGAACCAGCAUCUUCUGAAGUGCUUUUUGAAAGUUUUUUUGAUUCUAUUUCACUGCCAAAACUAGCUUAUCAUUGGCAUGUUAUCAUUCUUUCAUCGUUAGGAUGCACCGCUACCCUUGCAAGUUCUCGCUUUAUUUCUCCCGUUCUGUUUCCAAAAACUUAUAACAGUCUGCCGAGAAUUAAGCGACUUAGUUGGGAUAUACAUUGGGUUAGUAUGGUUCAUUGCUUAACCGUGAUCUUCCUGUCAUUUCCAAUAUUUUAUCAAGAAGAGUUAGAAAAAGACAAAAUUUUUGGAUAUAAUGCUUAUGCCGGAAACGUUUACUCCAUUGCUUGCGGUUAUUUCCUUUGGGACACACUUAUGUCUCUUUACUAUGUCAAGGAAUUUGGCUUUGGAUUUGCAUUACAUGGGUUAUGCUGUUUUGGUGUGUUCAUAUUUGCUUUUCGACCAUUCCUGAAUUAUUACGGACCGGUAUUUUUAAUGUAUGAGAUUUCCACUCCUUUUCUGAAUAUGCAUUGGUUUAUGGAUAAACUUGGUUUAGGCGGAACUUUACCGCAUAAAAUAAAUGGUUGGAUUGACGAAAUGACCGAUGUUAAUAUAUCAACAUUCAUUCCAACUAUUAAAUCUAUACUUAGGAAUUCAGAUCCUAAUGAAAUCACUGCUAGAGACAUUCGAACGAAGUUAGAGGAGGACUUUAAUGUUGACCUUACAGACAGAAAACAUGAAGUGCAACAACUUAUUGAAAAAUGUUUCGACGAUUUGGAAAUCGGCGAAGAAAGUGCAAGCAGUGAUGAUUUCAAAACUGAUAUUAAAGUGGAAAAAAAAAAAAAGAAACAUUACAGUGACGCAAAACCACAUACCUCGUCUAAAUCUAAAUCUUCUAAAUCGUCUAAAGUAAAAGAAAAAGUUCGACCACCCAAGGUAUCCGUAAAAUCCGAAGAUACAUCCGAUUAUUCGUCCCUGGAGGAUGAAUAUAAGCCACAAAGAAAAAAGAAGCGAGGUAGAAAACCAAAAAGUUCUCAAUCCACCGAAUUUUUAUCUGAUGACGAAUAUGAGAGAAAGUUCGAAGAAGAAUUGAAUGGUGUAAGAAAAAAGAAAAAAAAGGGUGUUACCGGAAUUCAUAAACCAUUGGUGUUGAGUCCUGUAUUGUCCGAAUUCUUGCAUGCUGAAGAGCUUUCUCGUCUCGAAGUUGUUAAACGUCUGUGGGCAUAUAUCAAAGAAAAUAAUCUUCAAGACCCAAAUGACAAACGAUUCAUUGUUUGUGAUGAUAAUUUAAAAACCAUUUUCAAACAAGAUAGAAUUCAUAGCUUCACAAUGAACAAGUAUUUGACCGAUCAUCUGAAAAAGAAAGAAGAUCUUGUUGAUGGUGAAACCCUGAAUGUUAGCAGUAAUGGCAGUGAUCACGUGGAACAAAACAAAAUGUAG